CCCCCACCUCAAAGUUCCAAAGCCAAUUAUAAAAGUGCAAAUCUAAGCAGAGUUUAGGGUUUCAAAUAGGCUUUCAAUUCCAAUCUCAAUAUUCAUCAUCAGCUUCAAUUUCAGAUCAUCAGAAGGAAGAUAUGCUUAUGCGUAUGUAAGAAGAGAUUUUGCAGGAUACGGCUGCUGUUUGUAGUAAUUAUUCUUUUCCAUCUGAUUCACCUGUAUUUAGUUUAGGUUUUUUUGUACUUAACUAUGGAUUCUUCUGCGCUUCAAUCUGUUGAAGAUGCUCAACUAACCCAACAACAAAAUAUAGCUCAUUCUCCUCAUCUUCAUCACAAGGAUAAUGGGACAUGUCCAAAUCAAUCUCACAAAUUGGGUGUUGAUCCCAGUGCUUGUAAUAAUAAUAAUAAUGAUAAUAACAAUCAUCAUGUAAAUGGGGUUGAGGUUGAGGUUGUUGUGCAGCCUGUGAAUUCGUCUCCUGUUGCCCAAUCGCCUUCUACCAGAAAAGGGUUUGGCUUGAAGAAAUGGAGGCGGAUCAAGAGACCCACUUCUAAUAAGGAUAUUGCUGCUGCGGCUGAAGACUAUAGUAAAGCUUUGAAGCGUGGUUUGUCCGGUUCCACAACUCCAAUUACACCUCUGCAUUUGUCAUCAGAUGAGGUCGACCAAAAUACGGAGGAUUCUGGUGGACCCUCUAACGUUUUCAACAAUGUGCCUGGUCUUACUGCUGUAGAAUGUGGGUUUACGGCAUCUGCCUCCAGUUUAGAUUCUGGAUUUGCAUUUGGGGCUGCUGCUACAGGCUCUGAGAACAGCCAAGAGUGGAGUAACAAUAGCAAAUCAUCUACUGCUGCCAGUGCCCCAAAACUAAGGCAUGGUUCGCCUGCAGUUUUAGGGUCUGCUCAGGAGAACAACCGGAUGAAGAAUUUAGUUGCAAAAAAUUUGGGUAAUUCAAAUCAAAGGGUUCAACUAGGGAAAGCCGUUGCUGAAAGCACUAAGAAGCACAGAGGAGAAGGGAUCAAAAUUGAGAAGGAAAACUCUCCUUCCAGCAUGGAAUCUGACUCUCGGAGCUCCUAUUUUGUCUUUAUGCAGGGUGUUUCUUCUGCUACUAGUAAUGGAAAGCAAGGUGGAAGGUCGGUGAAUUGUAAUGGAGAGAAUAGCAAUGAAGCUUAUACAAGUGAACAGCAGCUCAGUGAGGCACUCCAAACUGCUUAUCGGAAUGAGAGUGUAACUGAAAAUGAAGAGCUUUCACAGGAUGAUUUAGAUUUGUCUUGGAAGGCUAAGAAAGGAAAAAGUGAGAACCACCGGGGCUUACCAGUUCAUGAUCCAUUGGUUGAGUCUAUCCUGGCCCUCCAGUCUAUCCAGGAAGCCCUUGAGAAAGAGGUUCAUAAGUUUGGGGAGAUAGGAAGGGAGCCUGUAUCUCUACAUGCCAAUUCAGGUAACACUAGUGCUCCUGUGGAUUCCAUUUUCUCAGAAAUUUGUGAGCCUAGCUUAUCUGACCAGUUAGCUUCCAAAAAAAUUGGAGAAAAUGAUUUGAGUACUUUGGAGAACCAGGUAUUGACCUUAACACAUAAAGUAGAGUCUCUGGAAAGCAGUCUGGAGGAAGCAAAGGUUGUGCUUGAGCUUAAGGAUAUAAGGAUUGUGGAGCUGGAAGCUACCAUAAACAGCAGCAAGUCACUGAAGGAAGAAUCAGGGAGCACUGCAGAGCUGCAGCUAGAGAAGUUGAAAGAGAUGGAAUUGGAGUUUGAAGGCCUCUUCCGGCAAAAGUUUGAGGCUGAGAUUGAGUAUCUAGCUUUAAUGAGGGCUGUAGAGAAAUUGAGAGUUUCUGUAAUUGAUCAAAAAAGGCUCUUUGAAGAGCCAAAGUCAUUGGUCGGUGAGCAAGUGCAUGUGCUAAGACAGUUUAGAGAUGUCAAGAACAAGGAUACAGUGCUAAAGAAACAGGCAGAGAAAUUGGAAAAGUGUUGUGGAGAUAUUUUGGGAACUGAAGAAAUUUUGAAGAUGCAGACAAGAGUAUGCAAGGUUACUUUUUGUUUCUUUAUACAGUUGACGUUGCUUGUCCUAGUCUUUUGGCUGGUUGUGUUACAGUUAUAUCCGCAUUCAGGAGUGGUUGUACCCACAUAAGUUUGCAAAAAUUAGGUCUCUUUCUUUUUUUGUAAUCCUAUUCCAACAUAUGUCGACAAAGAAAUGCGUAAUUUGACAUUAGUGUCAAUCCGUUUCUAUUUGUCUUUUUGCCUUUUCCCCCUGCCCUUUUCCGGGCUGGGUGUUUUAGCCUUUUAGGGGGUGCAAAUGGUUGGCUUGGGAAGAAGGGGUUCAGUUGUAACCUUGUUUUAAUUUUGUCUGUGCACAAUUACAUCUACUGGUUAAUGUUUGUUUUAUUUUUGGGGAAGAGGAGUUUUGAGAGCCUUUUUAAUACAGGAACUUGCAUUUG